UCCAAUAUAUAAUGUUAAUAGUUUGUCUGUACUCCUACUGCAGUGACUUAAUGGCCUACUCUUCUGUAUCUUUAAACGAGAAGCUUACACAAGUGCAGCUUCAGCUGGGCAUGCAAGCAACCAAGCUGAUGCAGGAGGUGGAAACCAGAUGGAACAGCACCUACUUGAUGCUGCAACGUCUGGUGGAGUUGAAGGAGCCAGUAGGAGCGGAUUACACACUGACAUUCCCUUUUUCACUGCCAGUGAGUUUGACAUUGUUGUAGUGUGCCUUUCUUUACUAUCUCCUUUCUAUGACGCCACCACGGAGCUCUCUGCAGAAGAACACGUGUCGGCAUCAAAAGUUACCCCCCUCCUGAAGAUGAUAGAGAAAGCCCUUCAGGAGGAAGAGACUAAGUGGGCACCUGCAGUAGCAGUGGAAAUAGGAGAGCAGCUCAUCAGACAGCUCAGGGAGAAGCUGCACAUGCUCCAGUCAAUGAGCAUCUUGUCGCUGGCUACACUCCUGGACCCACGAUUUAAACUUAUAGCAUUUUUCAGCAACACAAAAGCUGCUGAAGCAGUGAAGUGCUUGACUUCAGAGUGUGCCACCGUCAUCCGACGGAACCUAGAAGAGAACACUCACGAGACUCCUCAGGCUUCCACCUCUCAAGAAUUCACUGGAGGUAGCAGACUUUGGCAAAGAUUGGACACUAGUGUCAUGGAGGCAAAGAGGACUCAAAAUGUGUCAGCAGAUGCCACCGUAGAGGUCCAGCACUACCUGUCAGAGGCAAACAUAAGCAGGCUGGAGAACCCCCUGGAGUACUGGGCUAAUCACCGGUCACUGUACCCCAAUCUGUACAAACUUGCACUUAUUUAUUUAUGCACCCAGGCAUCAUCUGUGCCAUGUGAGCGUGUCUUUUCAAAGAUCAAUGAGAUCAAACUGUAG